AUGUAUACAUCUUUAAAGGGUACUGGAAGUAGCCCAAACCCGUCUAGACAGACAAGUCCCGCCUCCAGGGACGGCUACAUUUACAACUCCCGGAAGCGCGGCAGGACUGCGUGUUCACGGUGCAAGAGACGUAAACAGCGAGUGAGUCAGUCUCGAGGUCUAGGAAUCAUAUCCGACAUGAUAAAUUCAACCGUUCUGGUUCCACUUAUGACUUUGCUGACCAGAUACAGUGCGACAAUGAGUAUCCAACUUGCUCUAACUGUCAAAAUGCAGGGGUCACUCUGCGAAGUCGACAUCUAUGUGAAAAUUGUAUUCAUUUUGCAUAUUAGCUAUACACGUGUUUUGGAAGACAAAGUGGCGUUCCUUGAAGGAAGAAUAGGCCAAGCUGAACAUGCUAGCCAAAGUACCCAUGUUCCGCAAACUACGGCUUCUGGACUGGACAACAACCCGGUAGGAGAGAUCGUAGGACUUCUUGCCCUGAGCUCAUCUGAGGCGCCUGCCUAUGUGGGUUCAAGCUCUGGCCUCUCGCUAGCCUCCGACUUGGGAGAAAUGGUCCAGUCUAGCGUGUGGAACCAAUUCAUCUCAAGCAUGCACCAGCAGCCAAGUUCAACUACUAAUGAUGCUCCUCAAAGAGCAACAGGCUCUGGCGUUAGAGAAUCACAGCAGAACAAAGAUAAGUCCUGGGAUAGAUCUAUGAAUUUUGAACCACCAAAUGAUGAGAUGGGCACGAAGAUCUUGGAGGUUUACUUCAAAAGGCUCCAUUCUCGGUAUCCAUUUCUUGAUCGAACGAAAAUAUGGCGCCUUCAUGAUCAUAGGUGGCAAUUAGCGAAAUUCAAGCGCGAAGACCUUACAAAACCUGACCAGUAUGCUAUUUUUAAGCUCAACAUGGUCUACGCUAUUGGAUCCACAAUGUUGCAGAUUACCGAUGCCAAGAGAUAUACAUACACAGCACCCGAGCGAUACUAUGCAACAGCGCUACAAAACGUCUCCAAUAUGUGCGAGGCGCGCUCUAUUGAAAAUAUCGAGGCCAUGGUUCUUCUAGUAGUCUACCACCUUCGUACAGCUUCCAGUCAUGGUAUGUGGUAUAUGAUCGGACUCGCAAUGCGCACUGCCAUCGAUCUUGGAAUGCAUCGACGAGCGAAUGAAAUCAAUAUGGACCCAUUCACCACCCAGAUGCGACGCAGACUCUUUUGGACCGUGUACUACCUAGAACGAGUUGUCUCAAUGUCACUCGGACGGCCGUUCAGUAUUUCCGAUCGCCAUAUUGAUCUCGACCUACCGAUUGAAAUAGACGACCAUGUGGAAGAUCCCGCAUUGCUCACUGCACAUCAGGUCCCUACGCAAAACACAUCACUGACGUUUGCCAUGCACCUUUUCAAGCUCCGACGCAUCGACUCCCGAAUUCAACAUAAAAUUUAUCGUGCCGACCGAGCUCUAUCUUCUCUACGGCCAAAGAUGGACCCUUUGUACCUGGAACUUGAACAAUGGAAGGACUCUGCCUUUCUACGAGCCAGUGCUUCAGACCUCGACUAUCUUAUGCUUCACUAUAAUCGGACUGUCCGGCUUUUGAUCCAGCCGUUUUUACCUCUUCUCCCCAUUACAGAUCCGUACUAUCAUAUCUGUUUACGUGCCGCAGGGGAGAUUUGCCAAUCGCACAAACGUCUCCACCAGACUUUGGAGUACGGCCAUUCAUUUUUAGCUGUGCAAACGGUUUUCAUGGCUGGAAUAACAAUGCUCUACGCAUUAUGGACACACACUGAUCAGGUGUGGUCAAUCAGCAUGAGCAACGACGUCCGUGCCUGCUCAACCGUGCUAUUCGUCAUGGGCGAAAGAGCCGCAUGGGUAAAGAAAUACCGCGACGCAUUUGAAAUCCUGGUCAAUGCGGCUAUGGAAAAGCUGCAAGGAAAUGAAAUGGCUCGAAGUGCAGGCAUGGCUGAGCUGAUGGCUGCCCGGCACGGCGUGGCCUCGAUGAAUAAUCCGGAAACUGAUAUGCUAAAUGCGGAGAGAUAUCUUCCUGCAAACCCGAUAGGCUUCGCACCUGAUGCAGCUAGCUCAUAUUCUGACAACGGUCAUGCGGUGAGAAUGGCGCUGCAGCUUGCACCUUGGAUUGAUCAGGCUGAAAGUGAUCCUUUGUGGAUUCCGGAUUUUGAGAUUUUGGAGAAUGUCGCGGGGACAUUUUGGAGUCAUGCCGAUACGACUACCAUAUUUGAUGCUUUAUGA